AUAUGAUUUAGUGGAUGGAAACAAUCUAUUCCACUUUAUCAAUAGUGUCAGAAUAUAUGGUAUAUAUUUAUAGGGAAAAUUAAGAUCCCAAGUAGCCAAAGAGUUUUCUAUAAAAGGGGAAGGUUGCCUAGUGUUAGUGUCAACAAUAUUUUUGUGUUGUCGAGUGCAUCGGUUAACCUUUUAGAGAGAGUAGCCGCGCGGAGUUUUCUCCGCUGUGAACGGAAAAACUAAAAAAAAAACAGAAAAAAAAAAAAUCGAAACUCGGGGAAAGAAGAAGAAAAUUAUGUCCCAAACGAGCCCCUCAAACAUGAAGUCAUACUGCAAGGUGAAGAGUAUUAUGGCGGGAUACGCCGUGGCAAUGGAGAACCAAAAGCCUUAUAUUGCAUUGGUCUUCAUACAGUUUGUGUAUGCAGGCAUGGCCUUGUUCUCCAAGGCUGCAAUUUCCAAAGGAAUGAACCCUUUUGUCUUUGUGGUUUAUCGCCAAGCUUUCGCCGCUAUCGCCUUGGCUCCUUUCGCUUUCUUCUUUGAAAGUGGGAAAGCUGCUCCUUUGUCAACCACUUUGCUCUGCAAAAUUUUCCUUGUCUCCCUGAUUGGGAUCACUCUGAGCUUGAACCUCUACUAUGUUGCCCUCAAUUACACUUCCGCAACUUUUGCGGCCGCCACCACCAACGCAAUUCCGGCGAUUACUUUUGUCAUGGCCGUUCUCCUAAGAAUGGAAAGCAUUUCCAUAAGAUCUGUGCAUGGGAUGGCCAAGGUGUUGGGCUCUGCAGUGAGUGUUUCAGGGGCAUUGGUGUUUGCUUUUGUGAAAGGGCCCCCAUUGAAGUUCAUGAUGAAUUGGUAUCAAUCAAGUCAUGAUCAUCAAAAUCAUCACCAUGUCCAUUCAGACUCUCUCUCAAAAAGUUACCACAAAGGGGAUUGGAUCAAAGGUUCCCUUAUGAUGCUCUCAGCCAACACCGCUUGGUCUUUGUGGCUUAUUUUGCAGGGUGUUGUUGUGAAGCAAUAUCCAGCGAAGUUGAGGCUCACCACACUUCAAUGCUUCUUCAGCUGCAUACAAUCUGCAUUUUGUGCUAUUGCAAUGGAAAGAAACCCAUCAUCAUGGAAACUUGGAUGGGACCUCAAUCUUCUUUCCGUGGCCUAUUGUGGCAUAAUUGUAACUGGAAUUUCUUACUGGCUGCAAGUUUGGACUAUAGAGAAGAAAGGCCCUGUUUUCACAGCAUUGUUUACUCCAUUAGCACUCAUUGUAACAGCAAUCUUCUCUGCAUUCCUGUGGAAAGAAGCCCUUUAUCUGGGAAGUGUUGGUGGGGCAAUUUUGCUGGUGGCGGGGCUGUAUAGCGUUUUAUGGGGAAAAAACAAAGAGGAUAGAUCAGCAAGGGUAACAAACGAACGAAUAAUAGUACAACAAAGGAAAGAGGAAAUCAACUUAGAGUGCAUUACACAUCAGUGACCUUGAUGGGAUGACAAUGGUACCAUGAUUUUGGAUUUAACAAAAAAGCACUCCCCCAAUGAAGGGUUUUUUUUU